AUGACAAGUGGAAGAUAUCAACAUCUUGCACCACCAUCGAAAGUGGCUAAAGUAAAUCGUCUUCGUUUCUUUGGUCAUAUAUUAAGGAGACCGGCAGAUCGCCUUGUUCAACGAGUUCUGAGGAGUUCGUCGGAAUAUGGAAUAGCGACGAAUGGAUUGAUUCUGUGCAAGCUCUCGCAGAAGAUCGAGAAGGUUCGGCAGAGCUGUGUUCAAGGACGGCACAUCUUGGCGAAGAUGCGGGUAAUCGCGUCAGGCGAUGACAUCAGCCCGCCGAUUAAGUCAAGACUGGUUGUGUUCAACGGGGCUCCGUUUGCUCAAAUUUUUGCUAUCCAGCUGUUCUUGCGUAGACCAUCUGGGUUUUCAUAA